GUUUCACACGCAUCUCUUUUGAGAGGAACUCUUCUCUUUAAGGCACCGCACAACAGCGGCAUGCGAUUGGCUGCAGCAAUGCAGGUCUCUCUGCGUAGCUGCGGGCAGUUCAGCCACUACAUCACCAUGCAUGAGAUGCCAGCAACAUAUGCUCAUCUCUUUUACCACUCGUUAGAGUUAUUAUAGGAAAAAAAAAAAAAAAAACUCGGCCGUUUCAUUUAAUCAGAUAUUCCUGAACAUUGAUCUGCAGUUACUUGUUUUUAUUUCCCUGAUUAACCAAGUGAUUUGUUUGAUGCAGAGAUGGUGAUGGUGGAGGAUGGAAGUGUAAUGCAGAAUGUACAGGAGAUGUCAUCCUCUAAUGGUGUAGUAGCGGACAAGCAAGCGGCACCGGCAGAGAGCAGGGAUGGCAAAGACCGUCGUUCUCAGGAUAUUGUCUGGAGGAACGUAGUCCUGAUGGCUCUUGACCACGUUGGAGCGGUGUAUGCUCUCUCGCUCAUCCCAAAGGCGCACCCUCUCACCUGGAUCUGGGCGUAUCUGUGCUUCUUGCUCACGGCUCUGGGGGUGACCGCUGGGGCUCAUCGAUUGUGGAGCCACAGAUCUUACAAAGCGAAGCUGCCUCUGAGGAUAUUCCUGGCUGCAGCCAACUCUAUGGCUUUCCAGAACGACAUCUUCGAGUGGUCACGAGAUCACAGAGUGCACCACAAGUACUCCGAGACAGACGCCGACCCGCACAACGCCACACGGGGCUUCUUCUUCUCCCACGUGGGCUGGCUGUUCAUUAGGAAGCACCGCGAUGUCAUCGACAAGGGGAAGAAGCUGGAUUUCAGUGACCUGAUGGCCGACCCUGUUGUGGUGUUUCAACGGAAGUAUUACAAAAGCUCUGUGCUUCUCAUGUGCUUCAUCCUCCCUACCCUGGUGCCCUGGUACUUCUGGGGAGAGAGUCUGUGGAACUCCUUCUUCCUGGCCUCCAUCCUGCGCUACACCAUGUGCCUGAACGUCACCUGGCUGGUGAACAGUGCUGCACACAUGUACGGUAACCGCCCGUACGACAAGAGCAUCAGUCCCAGGGAGAACCGAUUUGUCACAUUCGGAGCCAUUGGCGAAGGGUUCCACAACUACCACCACACCUUUCCCUUUGACUACUCCACCAGCGAGUUUGGCCUGCGGCUGAACCCGACCACGUGUUUCAUUGAUCUCAUGUGCUGGCUGGGCCUGGCGAGCGACCGGAAACGAGCCUCCAAAGAAAUCAUCGAGGCCCGCAAGAAAAGAACUGGGGACGGCAGCUCCUGAAGAAAACACUCAACACCUAACGAAGAAGAAGAAGAAGAAGAAGAAGAAGAAGAAGAAAGAAGAAGAAGAAGAAGAAGAAGAAGACUAAAGCCUUGCAUUCUGUAAAAAAAAAAAAAAAGAAAUAAAAAGAAGAAAUUCAUCUUUUAGGAUACAUUUGUAAUUUCAAGCUAUCAACUAUGUGUUUCCCCCCCCCCCCCCCCCCCCCCCCCCCCCCCCC